AGCGGCGCGGAGGCGGGGUCGGCCCCGCGCGUCGAGGACCUGUAGGAGCUGAAACCGUAGGGCCUGGUCGGCGGCUGUCUGCCUGAGAGCCGGUGGUCUGUAAGGGCCGGCGCGUCCACCAUGUUCUGCGAGAGGGCCAUGGAGCUGGUCCGCGAGCUGCACCGCGCGGCCGAGGGAAGGCUGCCGGCCUUCAACGAGGAUGGACUCAGACAAGUUCUGGAGGAGAUGAAGGCUUUAUAUGAACAAAACCAAUCUGAUGUGAAUGAAGCGAAGUCAGGUGGACGAAGUGAUUUGAUACCAACCAUCAAGUUUCGACACUGUUCUUUGUUAAGAAACCAGCGCUGCACUGUAGCAUACCUGUAUGACCGAUUGCUUCGGAUUAGAGCACUCAGGUGGGAAUGUGGCAGUGUCUUGCCAAGUGCUUUACGAUUUCACAUGUCUGCUGAAGAAAUGGAAUGGUUCAAUCAUUACAAAAAGUCCCUUGCUACCUACAUGAGGUCAUUGGGAGGAGAUGAAGGUUUGGACAUCACACAGGAUAUGAAACCUCCAAAAAGCCUAUAUAUAGAAGUGCGGUGUCUAAAAGACUAUGGAGAAUUUGAAGUUGAUGAUGGUACUUCAGUCCUAUUAAAAAAAAAUAGCCAGCACUUUCUACCUCGGUGGAAGUGCGAGCAGCUGAUUAGACAAGGCAUUCUGGAGCACGUGCUAUCGUGACCUCGCACCAGAUGGCUGCCAAGGCUUCCCCCAUUCGAGGCUGGACCCAACCAAGGACGCUUCUCCACCUCCCUCUCCACCUCCCCCAGGCCCACCACUUUUUGGUUUUAAAAUUUAGACUUUCUUUAACCAGGACUGCUUGGCCAAGGAGUAUGGUUUGUUUUUCUUUUUCUUUUUUUUCAUUUGAACCUGAGUUUCUCUUUUAUUUAAUUUCCAAAUAUAAUUCUAUAACCUUCCAUGGUAAACAUAUUUUUGAAUCUAUGUUGUAUGCUUGCAUUUUGAAGCAUCAGUUCUCAAUAGAGAGUUUGAAUUCUUGCCAUACAGAGACUCCACAUAUCCAAUCUGCUGUCCACAGUUCUAGAGGGAAGUCCAAGAUCAAGGCUCUAGCGGAAUCUGUGCCUGAAGAGAGUGCUUCCUAGUUCAUACACCGCCAUCUUCUCAUUCUGUGCUCACAAGGUGGAAGUGGUUUAUUUUUCUAUUGUACAGGAUUCUCCCCUUUGUGUGGUAAGUUGUAUCUGUAAUCACAACAUUCCUACAAUUCCCAAAAUACUGUAUACAAUUCCCAAAAUACUGUAUACAAUUCCCAAAAUACUAUAUACAGUUCCCAAAAUACUA